UUAUUUCUAGUGGCUAUAUGUUGGGGCUCUACGAAUCCAUUGAUUAAAGCUGGAAGCGCAGGAUUGGAGACAGUCUCAAGUCAAUAUCCAGAAGGUGGAUGGAAGAAGUGGUUGGCCGAAUUAAAGUACUUGCUUACACGCUGGCAGUACGUUUUACCUCUGGCACUCAACCUGAGUGGUUCAGUCGUUUAUUAUUAUACCCUUGGCAAGAGCGACAUGUCAUUAGCUGUACCAAUCACUAAUUCACUUACCUUUAUAUUCUCAUUACUUACUGGACUUUGUCUUGGGGAAGAACUUGGCGGAAAAGAUACUUGGUUUGGAAUGGCUUUGAUUCUUGUUGGUGUCUUGAUAUGUAUAAGCAAAUAG